GAGAUAUCUUCUUCACUUUACCUGUGCUCCCAGUGUUCCAGGUGCCCUUACCCGCCCUUACACACCGGCCGCCCCGCCCCGCCCAUCAGGAUGUCUCGGAUUACUGCUGCCGAGUACGUACGCUUGAAACGCAAAGGGUACAAUGUUCCUGUAGAGAAGUCGCCGAAGGAGGUGGAAGAGGAGAUAAAAAGGAAAAAGGAGGAAGAGGAGGCGGAGAGGAGAGCGCAGGAGGAGCGACAGAGACAGGAACAGGAGGCCAAGGAGAAGAGAGACAGAGAGGAGAAGGAGAGAGUGAAGCGUUUAGAAGAGGAGAAAGAAAGGAAGGAACGAGAGGAAAAGGAGAGGAAGGAAAGGGAAGAGAAGGAAAGGAAGGAAAGGGAAGAAAAGGAACGACAAAUGCGAGAAAAGAAGGAGCGGGAGGAAAGGGAGAGGAAGGCAGAGGAGGAAAGGAAAGCAAGAGAAGCGAGAGAAGAGAGAGAAAGACAAGAACGUGAAGCGAAAGAGAAAAGAGACAGAGAGGAAAAAGAACGGAAAGAGAGAGAAGAGAGAAAACGCAAGGAAGAGGAGGAGGAGAGAAGGCGAAAAGAGGAACAGGAGAAAGAGAGAAAACGGAAGGAAAUGGAGGAAGAGAGGAGAAGGAAGGAGGAGGAAGAGAAAGAGAGGAAAAGAAAGCAGGAAGAAGAGAAAGAGAGAAGACGAAAACAAGAAGAAGAAAAAAGACGAAAAGAAGAAGAAGAGAAAGAGAAAAGACGCAAAGAACAAGAGGAGGAAAGGCGACGAAAAGAGGAAGAAGAAAAAGAAAGGAGACGCAAAGAGAAAGAGGAGAGAGACCGCGCCAAAAAGGAGAAAAAAAUGAAAGCAAGACAGGAGAAAAAAAAACUGAAAAAACAGACCAAAGAACAAAGACAACGGGAACUGGAAGAAGAACGGGAGAGAGAACGGGAACGGGAGAGGCAGGAGGAGGAGGAGGAAAGAAAGGAGAGGGAGGAGCUGAGGAAGAAAAAGGAGGAGACAAAGGAGAAGAUGAAGAAGAAGAAGGAGAGACUCCGAGACCCCAAAGCUCUCAAGAAUGAACGACUCGAAAACUUCCUGGGCUGGCUGCAGAACGGCAAGAAGGACGACAUGGGCAAGUCCGUCGAUCUCCUGGUCAGCGACGACGACGACGACGACGACUAAACCUUCGUCCGAUUUUUCAACGGCGUCUACGUGUCCACUGUCACUAAGAUGGCGGCGGUUUUGGAAUUUUUAAGUGAUUCAAGGGGCGGAUGCAAUGUAAGGUCGCUCGUAAAAGCCUUGAAAUGAUAUUGGAAUUGUUAGAAAGAACAUUGAAUCCUUGGAGUGAAGCCACCCGCCCCAACAACUAAUCCUCAUAUGAUUUUUAUAUAGUUCCUAUGCAAUAGAAAGUUAUGUUGAAACUGUUCAGUAACAUGAUAGUGUGCAUGUGGAAAAAGGUGUAUAUCCUCGAUAUGAAGAGCUGAUGGGAUUAUUUUUCUUCACAUUCGGGUCCGUUAAAAGUUGCUCAAGUCAAGGGAAAUUAUGAGACAUUUUCUUUCCUUAUUUAACCUUAUCGCGUUUGAAAAUGGUAA